UCGCCCGUGUCUUCUCUGAGUGUAUCUAAUUACAUGAGGAUCACGCAGAGUGUCGAUGACAAGGCCACUGUGUGCCAUGUGUUUCCUGCGAGUACUAUGGAUGCAGUGCUGUGGGUGGGAUUGUACGGAGAACUGUGGGUAGACAAGGUCGAGGAGGGUGCCAAACCUGUUCAGGUAUGGAUACAAGCAUAA